AUGUCGGCAUCUGGUGGUAGGUCUGGGGAAGGGGCAGCAGGUGCCCUAUUGGGCCACAAAGGUGAUAAGAAGCCCCUGAAGCAGCCCAAGGAGACAGAUGAGGAAGAUAAGGCAUUCAAGCAAAACAGAAGGAGGAGAAGAAGAGAGGAGGAGUUAAAAGCAAAGGCUGCAGGGAAAGGUCCCUUGGUCACAGGCACAAUUAAGAAACCUGGCAAAAAAAUCCUGGUGGUAGAUAUAUCACUACUUCCAUUGAGGAAAAUGAGAUUUCUAAAUAGGUAA